UAAAUGCACAUUGGUUGGCAAUGCUGCAACGUAAUUAGUAUUUGUAUUUGUAUCUGUCUAAUAAUUCAAAGUGUGUUUAUUGUUUAUAAUUCUUAUCACUGUGGUUUUUAACGUAUAGCUUGAAAUAAUUUAAUGAAUUAUGCAUGAGUGAAAAGUGUAUCGUUUCAUCAUUAAAAUGACAGAAAGUAAUACGGCUAUAAAGUAUACUGACGAUGAAGCGUUUCUUCUGUCACAUAAUAGUGUUGAAAAUAUAAAAAGACAUAAAAAAAAGAAUGCAGUUGAUUCGUCAACGUCAAAACAGAUUUUUAAUGAAGAUGAUAGACAUUCUGAUAUAUCGCUUGAUGAAUCCUUUAAACAGGUAACCCAUAAAAAAAAUAAAAAUAUGGAAUCAAUAGAAGCUGUGAAUGAAUUUAUAGUAACAUCAAGGACACCAACUCGUUUAUCGCAUAGCUUUAUACAAUCCUGGGUAAAUACUGGCUAUUUACCAUAUCAAGCAUAUAUAAAUGAUGGUGAAUAUUCUGGUACAGGUUCGUUGAAUCCAAAACUAUCUUCUUAUAUAACCUGUGAUAUACCUAAUGCCACAUCUAUAUGUAGAUCAAACGGUAAAGAGCUAUGUAAUAAUAGUUCAAAUUGUAGUUCUGUUGAUACUGCUGCAUAUAUUUUAUCAAAUACAAAUGUUAAAAAAAAAACAGAAACCGUUGCUAUUAUUAUGGAUACUAAAUGUUCUAGCAAAAUUUCUUUUCGAAAUACAUUACAUGGUAAUACAUCCUGUGAAAAUACUGAGACACCAGUUAUGCAGGAUAAGUUGAAUAACAUUGUUGUAGAUUCCAAUGUUUCUACGAGCUUAUCUGCAUUAAACAAGUCUAAUGCUAAUAUGAAACAUAUGAAAAAUCAAAGAUUAGAAAGCAAGAAUCUAAUAGAAAAAGAAUUACAAUCAACAAUGUCCCAUAGUGAGGAUGAUAAUGAAAAUGAAAUUUGUGAGAAUAACAAACAAGGAAAUGAUAUUAAUUUUAAUAAUAAAAGAAAAUUUACACAAAAUACAAUGAAAGAAUCUGUAAAUCUAGGAAAGUCACUAAGUCUUCCUUUUGAAGGUUCCUUAAAUGAUUCAAGAAAUAUUCGACAAAAGAAAUUGUACAGCGGUAGAGAUUCUCCUACUGAUAUCAUAGUAGCACGAUUUAAGGAAAAUGAUAUAAAUGAAAUGAAAAAGGAUUUACAUCCUGCCUUUAGGAAUAGUCCACCUAUUGAAAAAGCACAAAAAAAGAUAUUGCAGAAAAAGAGAAAAACUAAAUUCUGUUUAAAUAAUUCUCUGAAUAAAUUUAUUAACAUUAGUGGAAGUAGUGAUAUGGAUAAAGACAUGCAUGUAGCAAAACGUCAAAGGAUUACCACAGAUAUUGCAAAAGAUAUUACAGGAAUUUCUCAAAAUUCAGUAAAUGAGAGGCUAUUUAUCUCAUGUAAUGCAUUAAAGGAACAAAUAAAACGUUUUUCAAUUUCUGAUUAUAUUAUUGUUAAAAAUACGAGACAACAGGUUACCAAACUUAAUGAGAAGAAAACAUUUGAAAAAAGAGAACAAAGUAAAAAUAAUAUUAAUAUAAAUUUACAUAAUGCAUUGUUACAUGAAAAUCUUAAUCCUUGUAUUAUUUUGGAACGUUUGUCAGAAGAAACUUUGAAACAUUGCACGAGAAAAGAAGAAAAUACGUGUAUUCAAAUUGAAGAAUUAAAGGAAAAUGAUCAGAUUGAAAAUAGGGAAAAGGAUAUGGAUGAAAUCAAUAUUGAAAUAUGUUCAAAUGAUACAAGAAGCACAAUUGUCCUUUCUAGACAAGGAAAUAUAAAUACAGAUAUUGUUGAUAGUGAUGUAAGUACUAUCAUUAUCUACAAUCGUAAGGAUUUAUCAUCUAGUAAUCAUCCUGAGAGUGACUGUUCAACUGUUUUACUAAAUACUUCUUUAUAUUUAUCAAAUAUUAAUAAGACGGAUAAUAAUCAAUCGGAUGAAAAUUUAAAUGAUAUAAAAUUGAAACGAUUGCGACCUGUUGUAGUCCUUGAACAGAUACAAAUACAAUUAAAUCCUCAAAUUUCAAAUGAGAUUAUUAAACAGCCUAAAAAAAUUGUCAAACGUAAGAAUGCGAAAAGAGAGAUGCGCAAUAGAUCAAAGAAAAAUUCAAAACGCAUGUCUUCGUACAUUGACAAAAGAAGACAAAUGGUAAAUUAUAAUUUGACUAGUGUGCUUUUUGACAAAAUAUUACAACCAGUUGUUGUAUUAGAAAAAUGUAUAAAUCUUGAGAAAAAUGUUCAAAAUCAAAAUCAAAUUAAUGAUACCUCCAAUAUACAUGAUACAAUACGUGCUACAUCUUCUAAAGAAAAACAAUCAACUAAAUUGACAAAUAUUGAUAAUAAAUUGUUGAAGAAACCGAUUGUUAAAUUACAACGUUUGCCAUUGAUGAUUACAGAAUAUAUAAAUAAGCUUUCAGAAAUGUAUAAUAGUACUGACAAAAAAUUGAAUAAAAGUGAUACAUCGGACAAAAAUAAUAAACUUAAUAAAGUUUACGUUAAGAGAAAUAGAAGAAAUUUAAAUGAUGAGAAUAAUAUAUCUACAGAUAGUUCAAGCAUAGAUUAUUCAGAGAAAAUGGAACAAAUGAAAAAGAGAAGGGAACGCAGGAAAAAAUCUAAAUAUAAAAAGAAUUUGCCAUUCUUUCGUACUUGUGAAAAUUAUUCCGAUUCUCAUUUAGAUUCUGAUACGGAUUUUGAUUCAGAUUUACCGCUUAUACAUUGUAUUUUUAAUGUUUACGAUGAAAAAAAUCAAAAACGAUUUAGAAGGAAGUGCAGCGCAAGAUCAAAAUUUAAUCAACAAUCCAUGUUAACUGAUAAUACCGAUGAAAAUAAUAUAACAAUGAGAUCUAAAUCCAAUUCUCUUAAAAAUCUAUCUAUUAUAAAAAAUAUAAAUAGUGUAUUAAAUCAUUCAAAAAGUAAGAAUAUCAAUAUUAAUAUGACAUGUUCUAAUAAAAAACAAGAUAAAACUUCAAUGAAUAAUAUGACAAAUAAAAAUAAUAAUUCCAAACGAAAAAACAAUAUAAUUGAGAGUGAUGAUGAAACAUUUGAUGUUAAUAAAGAUAGUAUUAAAAGAUUUACUUUCUGUACAAAAGCGUAUGACUCUGAUUCAGAUUGAAACUUAGACAAAUAUUAAACAAUUCAUUAAUUAGAAAUACAGAUUUUGAGAAUAAUUAAUUAAAGAAUGUUUAUUAAGAAUGAAAUAUCAUAAUAAUCAUUAAUAUUAAAUAUAUUAAUUGUAUUCUUUGUAAUUGUAUUAUCGAAGUAAUAUGUACAUCUAUUAUUAGAAUACAUUCUUUAAUAUUGCCGAAUAUAAUAAAAAUCACAUCACAACAAAAUCAGUCAUUUUGUCUAAUAAAUAAACAUAAUAAGAACGAAAUUAUAUAUAAAGCAAAAGUAUGAUAUAAAUUAAUAUAAAGUGAGAAGAGAUUUGAUUGAGGGGAAAAAAGAGAUAAAGAAAAAAGAAACGAAACAAAAAAAAAACAAAAAAAAAAACAAAAAAAAAAAAAAAAAAAAAAAAAAAAAACAAAAAAGUAAAAAUAGACUUUGUCUCUUACUUAUCUUAUUGUUACUCCUAAUACAUGCCGACCGGUUAAUUUCAAAUGGAAAAUCUGAGAAACUGGCCGUCCAUUUAACGCAAUCGAUUUUGAUUUAAUGCGUUUGAAACCUGCGCUUUUGAUUUCUUUCAUAAAGUCGAAAUUCAAACGACGAAAUUUCCAAACAACGAGGGCCACAAACCAGGUCGCGUUAACAAUAUUUGAAGCCAACGUACGAUAUAACCUAUUUUUUUUUUCGGGAACAUGCUCCGUAAAAAUAUAUUUUCCAUUCUGAAAAUAAUAAAUACACACUGUUAAAAAUGUAAUAGUAGGAGAAGAAAAGAAAAGAAAAGAAAAGAAA